CGCGGGGCGCCGUGGGUGUGACGGGCGCGGCGGCGGCGGCGGCGCUCGGGCUGUCGUCGGGGUCGGGCCAUUGUGAGCGGCGGGCGGCGGGCGGCGGCCAGCGCGCGGCCCCUCUGCGCCCCUCCCCGGCCCGGGCGGGCGGCGGGGGGCCCGGGCCCGCCAUGAACCCCGGCUUCGACCUGUCCCGCCGGAACCCGCAGGAGGACUUCGAGCUGGUGCAGCGCAUCGGCAGCGGCACCUACGGCGACGUCUACAAGGCACGGAAUGUUAACACCGGUGAAUUGGCGGCAAUUAAAGUCAUAAAAUUGGAGCCAGGGGAGGACUUCGCCGUGGUGCAGCAGGAGAUCAUCAUGAUGAAGGACUGCACGCACGCCAACAUCGUGGCCUACUUCGGGAGCUAUCUCAGGAGGGAUAAACUUUGGAUUUGCAUGGAGUUUUGCGGAGGUGGUUCGUUACAGGAUAUUUAUCAUGUCACGGGGCCCCUGUCAGAGAUGCAGAUCGCCUACGUCAGCAGGGAGACACUGCAGGGGUUAUAUUAUCUUCACAGUAAAGGAAAAAUGCACAGAGAUAUAAAGGGCGCUAACAUCCUAUUAACGGAUAAUGGUCACGUGAAGUUGGCUGACUUCGGGGUGUCGGCCCAGAUCACGGCCACCAUCGCCAAGCGGAAGUCCUUCAUCGGCACGCCCUACUGGAUGGCCCCCGAAGUCGCAGCCGUGGAGAGGAAGGGGGGGUACAACCAGCUCUGCGACCUCUGGGCGGUGGGGAUCACCGCCAUCGAGCUGGCCGAGCUGCAGCCGCCCAUGUUCGACCUGCACCCCAUGCGAGCCUUAUUUCUGAUGACAAAGAGCAAUUUCCAGCCUCCCAAACUGAAAGACAAACUGAAGUGGUCAAAUAAUUUUCAUCAUUUUGUGAAAAUGGCACUUACCAAAAAUCCAAAAAAACGACCCAAUGCUGAAAAGUUGCUACAGCACCCAUUUGUCACCCAGCACCUGACUCGGUCCCUGGCGAUUGAACUGCUGGAUAAAGUCAAUAACCCGGAUCAUUCCACCUUCCACGACUUCGACGACGACGACCCAGAGCCCCUUGUUGCCGUCCCACAUAGAAUCCACUCGACGAGUAGGAACGUGCGGGAAGAAAAGACACGCUCAGAAAUAAACUUCGGCCAAGUAAAAUUUGAUCCACCCUUAAGAAAGGAGACAGAACCACAUCACGAACUUCCCGGCAGUGAUGGUUUUCUGGACAGUUCAGAAGAAAUAUACUACACUGCAAGAUCUAAUCUGGACCUACAGCUGGAAUAUGGACAAGGACACUCAAGUAAUUACUUCCUAGGUGCAAACAAGAGCCUCCUGAAGUCGGUUGAAGAAGAAUUACAUCAGCGCGGGCAUGUGGCACAUUUAGAAGAUGAUGAAGGGGACGGUGAUGAAUCUAAACAUUCAACCCUGAAAGUAAAAGUUCCACCUCCUUUACCACCAAAGCCCAAGUCCAUAUUCAUACCCCAGGAAACUCAUGCUACUGAAGAUGAUAAUCAAGGAACAAUCAAGAGAUGUCCCGUGUCAGAAAGCCCGGCCAAACCUUCCCAAGUCCCACCGAGACCCCCGCCUCCCAGAUUACCUCCGCAGAAGCCUGUUACUUUAGGAAACGGAGUGAACUCCUCCCAGUUAAAUGGUGAACGAGAUGGUCCCUUGUAUCAACACCAGAACGAACACCGAGGCACAACUCCUUCACGAAGAGAAAAGAAAGAUGUGCCGAAGCCGAUUAGUAACGGUCUGCCCCCAACGCCUAAAGUGCACAUGGGUGCGUGUUUUUCAAAGGUGUUUAACGGGUGUCCCUUGAAAAUUCACUGUGCGACAUCAUGGAUAAACCCAGAAACAAGAGAUCAAUACUUGAUAUUUGGUGCUGAAGAGGGGAUUUAUACCUUGAAUCUUAAUGAACUUCAUGAAACGUCAAUGGAACAGCUCUUCCCCCGGAGGUGUACGUGGUUGUAUGUGAUGAACAAUUGCUUACUAUCAAUAUCUGGUAAAGCUUCUCAGCUGUAUUCCCAUAAUCUUCCCGGGCUUUUCGAGUAUGCACGACAAAUGCAGAAGCUCCCGGUCGCAAUCCCAGCGCACAAACUCCCCGACAAAAUACUGCCACGGAAAUUUUCCGUGUCUGCAAAAAUCCCCGAAACCAAGUGGUGCCAGAAGUGCUGUGUCGUGAGGAGUCCGUACACGGGCCACAAGUACCUGUGCGGGGCCCUGCAGGCCAGCAUCGUCCUCCUGGAGUGGGUGGAGCCCAUGCAGAAGUUCAUGCUCAUCAAGCACAUAGAUUUCCCCAUCCCGUGCCCGCUGAGGAUGUUUGAGAUGCUGGUCGUCCCGGAGCACGAGUUCCCGCUGGUCUGUGUCGGCGUCGGGAAAGGGAGAGACUUCAACCAGGUGGUGCAGUUUGAGACCGUCAACCCCAACUCGACCUCCUCGUGGUUCACCGAGUCAGACACCCCGCAGACCAACGUCAGCCACAUAACGCAGCUGGAGAGAGACACCGUCCUCGUCUGCCUCGACUGUUGUAUAAAAAUAGUAAAUCUCCAAGGAAGAUUGAAAUCCAGCAGGAAAUUAUCGUCAGAACUUACCUUCGAUUUCCAGAUUGAAUCCAUUGUCUGCCUGCAGGACAGCGUGCUGGCCUUCUGGAAGCACGGCAUGCAGGGCCGGAGCUUCAGGUCCAACGAGGUAACACAAGAAAUUUCAGAUAGCACAAGAAUUUUCCGGCUCCUUGGGUCUGACAGGGUCGUGGUUUUGGAAAGUAGGCCGACGGAUAACCCCACAGCGAACAGCAACCUGUACAUCCUGGCGGGCCAUGAAAACAGCUACUGACGUGUGUUCCCGGCACCUGAGCCCAGGGAGAAGGGGCCUGCCCUGCCCGGCCCGGCCCGGCCCUGCCCGGCCCCGGCCUCCCGAGGGCCUGAGGGAGACCCCGAGUUUGGUUCCGUGGUAUGGAUCUGUUUAGCAUAUUGAACCACACAAGUGCUUAACUCUUGUUAUGUAAUCUUUGUACAUAGAGGCAGUAUUUUUCUGUGAAAAUUCAGAUUGCUGAAGACAUACACUAAGAAUUUAUGUAGAUAAUGUACUUUUAUGAAAUGUACAAGUGUCUUUUCUGUACAAAUGUAAAUGUUGAUGAAAUGCAAUCGGGUUAAUAUUUAAGAAUUCUUCGUCCACUCUGGGCUGUGGCUGUGUCACGUGCGGGACACUGCGGUGAGGCGGCUCCUUCUAUUGAAUUUUUAUUCUAUGUAAUUUAGAAAUAUGGAUAUAAAUCUUGUAACUCUCAGAAUUGUUAUGGAGGCUGUAAUCAUUUUAUAAUCUGGUUUUUAAUUUUCACACAAGUACACUGGUGUUUCUAUUUGCACAGUAUUGGGACGUGGUGUAGUAAGUCACAAAAGGAGGCUGUGACCAUCUGCAGCUGCCCACAACUUCAGUUUUCAUGGAUUCGGAGUGCUUUCUCUGUGAAACAAGCCAGUUGGCCUGCCUGUGGCGAAACUGGCCUUUUUUAUACUUAGGCAGAACCCUGUGACAUUGCUCGUUCGUGCUUCAGCCUUUGACAACAUUUUGAAUCACAGGAUAGCGGUACCGUGAUGUAACACUACAGUUGUCUGAGUUAUAAUAUGCACAAAGAAUAAAUUAAUAUUAUUAAAGAGUCCACACUGAACAUUUCAUAUAAUCACAUUGAAGAACUAUAACAUUCCAUAGAAUGAAGCGAUUCAAAUUUUGAGUGGGAAUUUUUACUUUCGUUGGUCUUAGGAUUGUUUUCAUAUUUCUUUUGAUUUAGGGUAUUAACCUACGGCCAAAACAUUUAGUUACUACCUCACAUAACAGCAUGAUGGUGAAACACAUCACAGGACUUAGCUUUGGUUACAGACGUUCUCGGUUGUUUUUCCCAGUGGACUUUGUAUGUACCAGGUUCUAGGAAAAGGCACACUUUGGGCUCUUUUAUAUGCUAAUGUGAGUAUAUGCACACACUAAGAACAGCCUACGUGGUGAUUCAUGGUCUUCAUUUAUUUUACUUGAUAAUGCUUUUAAAAUAUGCUCCUCGUUGUACAUAGUGUAAAAUAAACAUUUUUUAACAUAC